AUGGACACUAACUGGUGCGUAUUCUGCGGCAAGCACAUCGACAGCGCCGAGGACGCCCUGUACUGCAGCGAGACGUGCCGCCACGGCGACGGAGCGGCAGUGCCCGCCAGCGCCAGCGCGUCGACCGAGUACUUCUCGCUGGCGUCGCCGCGUGCAUCGCCGGUGAGCUCGCCGAUGUGGUCGCCGCAGUCGCGGUCGCCGUCGCUGAAGCCAGUGACGUCGUUUGACCUGUCGUCGAAGCUGCCGUGCCACACACCGGCGUACCCAGUGCAGUCGCCCAGCAGCUUCGGGCCCAGCAGCAGCCUGCUCGACGGCAUUCGCGGCCGCUCGACAUCGCUGCCGUCGGCGCACCUGCUGUCGACGGUCUAA